CAGAGAGUGGAAACUUUGAAACUAGAGGGUGCUGUGGGCGUAGAAGUGAUUCAUACGAUUCGUUACAAGUAGAUGAUUAAUUCAGUGUGAUGUUGUGCAAUAAGAUUUGUUGUUUAUACAGUAAUGGUAUAAUGAAAGUGACAGUGAACUCAAUAAAAUAACCGAGAAUUCGUUAACUGGGUAGGUUAAGAGAGAAAAGGUGUAGAAAUCCCGUGAGGUAACUUCAGUCAAGUAGUGUAAUUCCUAUGUUUUGUGAUUUAAGUUCAUUGGUUGUCAGUUUUAGCAAGGAAAAUGGUGAAAGUAAACGAAAGUAAGCCAGAAGACCAGCUUGAACACAGUCCCCAGUCGUUUUUGUCCAUUGACGAAUCGUUCGUUGUUUUGGAGAGAUCUUCCCAAGAAUCGAAUGAUCAGUUUGCAUCUCAUAUGCUUCAACAGCCACCGGUUUACUCUGCAGUUCCUCCCCGUAACAGUUAUACCGGAGGUUUAUCUCGCCUGGAAGGCCAGACUUCACAGAACUCCAGCUAUAUACCAGAUGUAACAACAGAUUUAAGUCCAGAAGAAAUUCAGAAAAGGCUUCAUGAAUUGUUGCAGGAAAAUCUGGAGCUGAAAGAAACUUUGCAGCAGAACAACUUGGCAAUGAAGCAGCAGUUCCACACACUUGCUAUGUGGCAGGAGGAGGUGUUCAAGGUUCACCAGAACCACAAGGCCAAGUUUGCCGAGACCAGGGAGUUAGUUCUUAAGUUGAGAGCUGAGAAUACAGAAUUGAGGAACAUUUUGGAAGAGAGUAAGAAGACAGGGUCAGGGAUUCCAAAUGCCUCAGAAACAAAGUUGAUGAUGGAGAAUGUUGAACUGGUAGGUAAAAUUGCUGAGCUACAACAGAAACUGUCAACUCCAGUGCCAAGGAAAGAGCAGCUUCACAGUGGACCUCCCAGCAAGAAAGAGCAAGAGUUGAGUGCACUGUUGGAACAAGUGAACAGACAGUUGGAGACUGCAGAGCGUUCUAGGCGCCAGCUGACUGUAGAGGUAGAACAUCUGACAGCACAGAGAACGCGGCUUGAACGGGAUAUGGCAGCACAGAAGAAGGUAAUGGAAGAACAAAAGGAACAACUUCAGAAAUCACAGAAAGAGAAAGAAGAACUGGAACAGAAGAUAACACUCUUAAUGGAGCAGUACCAGGAAGAACUUUCCCUGAAAGAUCAGCAACUUGUUUCAUCACCACCAAUUAGUGGCCAACAGUCCAACACACAGGAAAUUCAGAGGCUCACAUUGCAGCAGGAUGAUCAACUGGCUCUAAUUAAUUCCUUAACACAUGACCUGAAGAAAGAAAGAGCUAAAGUGGCAGCAGGAACUGCAGCUGUGGAAGAAACUCCAGCCACUAUUGAUGAAGAAGCAUCACUUGCACGUGACAUGAGGGACUGUGAAGAAACGUUGGGACACAUCAGUAGUUGUCUGGAUAAAGAAUCUGAAAGGUUCAGUAGUUUGGACAGCUGGCUCCAGGUGGCAUCUGAUAGCAUGAAUCACUGGAAGGUGAAUCAGUCUGUUGAUGUCAAGACUGUGAAUGCUCUUAAGGCUGAAAUAGAGGAACUGAGAAAUUUGCUGAUUCAAGAGAAAGCUUCUAAUGAAGAGAAGAAGAAGAACUUGGAGGAGGCUGAGGAGAAGUUCAGAAAACUCUACUCAGAUUACCAGAUGGUUGUAAAAGAGUUGCAGAACUUCCAUGAAGAGCAGAAAGAUAAGGAUCGUCAUAAUAAUGCCUACUUUGAGGUACAGGCACGAGGCUUCACCGAGAAGAUAGACAGCAUGACGGCACAGCUUAUCAACAUGGAGGAAGCACUCACGCAGAAAGAAAAAGAAGUGGCUCAGAUGAAGGAAACAGUGGAGAAAUGUGAACUGGAGAAAGAAGCAGUCACCAUUCUCAAAGCACAGGUUGAAGUUUACCAGUCUGAUUUUAAUGCCGAGCGAGAAGCUCGUGAGAAUCUUGCUGGAGAGAAGGAGAGACUGGCAGAAGAUCUGCGACAUCUCCAACGCCGCAACCAGCAACUGCUGGAUGAAUUAGAGGCAUACCAGCAGAACCAGUAUGAGCAAAUGCAGAAACAUGCACCACCUGCUCUGGUUGCAUCAGCACCAAUUAUCACAAGUGGUUGGAACACGAUAGCAACCCCAGGGCGAGCAGAACCUCAGAGACCAACUAGGUCCUCUCCUGGCAGAAGACCUUCCCCAGGUCCUCAGCAGCAGAAUCCAUUGCCAGCAGCAGAAGAGGAUACCCAGCCAUUUAGAACUGAGCCUGAGGAUGUAUACUACUGUCCAAAGUGCAGCAAGCGUUUCUCCCAGUUUCCACCUUUGGAACUGCAUGUUCAAGAAUGUUUGGACUUGCUGCCAUAAUGUCAGGUAUAUGUGACAAGUAUGUUUAACCUCCUGGUUCUUUUAAAUGAUUGCCUACACUUAUAUAACAGUGUCGGCACAAGUUCAUAUAAUAUAUAGGUUAUUUUGGCAAAUAUAUUUGUAGGAAAACAUAUAUUUUAUGAGUAAUGAAUGUUAUUGCUUGUGCCAACUCUGACUUGUGUUACUACAGCUUUUUGCUGUAAAAAUGUGUCAUCAAAUCAUGGGGGAUUCAUCAGAUUACUUCUUUACUCAGCUGUGAGGCUUAGGCUUCAGUAGUUCCGUCAGUUUUCUUAACGCAUUAUCUGAAAAAAGAAUUGUCUGCAUUUGUGUACAUUUGAGAUGAUUUCAUUUAAGUACAUAAGUGUGGCCAAAUUUCCUGAUAUUGAAAGCCAAGAUAUCUAUCUGACUGCUAUAGCAGUGCCACAAGUAUAACUAUACCAGUGGCUCAGAGGGACAAAGCAGGAGGAUCCAGCAGCAGGCCUCUUUACAUUUUUUUUGUGUCGGAGGAACUUCUUCUGAGUGAAAAAUGGAAAAUUGAAGUUUAGUGUGUCUGGAUGUGAAAUUGAAGUCAUUGGUGUGCUAAUUCUUGAGUUCAUAUUUUCAAAUAAAAUAAAAUGGUGGGCACAAGGACUAGAGCCACAUGGUGCCACCGUCCUCAUUCAUAUGCUUGAAUGCGAACUUUCAUAAUCUGCACAUGAGUGAGGAGUGUAUUGCUUUGUGCAUUUGGUUUUCUUGUGGUAUUGCUGUAUAAAAUAGUUUUUACUAUUUCUGCAAAAUAACUGGGUUUUUAUUUGCUAGUAGUGUAAUAAAAUGUGGGACAUAUACAGUGAACCUACACUGUAGAGUUGUUUGGUGGUAACUUGUUAUAUGUACUCAGAAUUACUGGGUUUUUGUCUUGUCCAUCAUGGAGUAUUCUAGAAAACUAGAGAACACAGCAUUUUGGAAACUGGGAUCUUUCCAUUUUCAGGUUAGGGCGGGGGAGAUGCCUACUCUGUUAGGUCCCUUAGAAGGAACUAACAUCAGUCACUGGACAACAUAUGUCAGUGUAAAUACACCUAUAUAAGUACCUGAGACCAGAUUUUGUCAAAGGGGAUGAUAGGAAAAUAUGAAAUAAAAAUUGUGAUAAAACCUGCACAGAUCUUGCAUGCUUUGUCACAGUUUUUAUUGCAUAUUUUCCUGUUAUGCUGUUAUUAGAAUAUCGAGCAAUGGACAAAGUCCAAAAACCCAGUAAUUUUGAGUGUUGCACACCAUCAUCAGAAUACUUUAGAAAAUACUAUAUAUAUUACUGAUAAAAAGAAACAUAAGCAAGUGAGUGGUUGGACAUGAAGAAUGCAAAAUGGUGAAUGUGAAAGAAACAGAGAGAGAGAGAGAAUUGUGAUGAUACAUGAAUAAUGAAGCGGAGUAGGAUUUACUAUGCUAUCUUAAGUACAGGUACUCUCCAAGUUAUGAAUGUUCCACUUACAAAUAGCUCAGAGGUAGAAUGUCAGCCCAGCAGGUUGACUUCUUCCCCUGCCAUUCAGAUGUCUCAAGGCUGCUCCAGUUUCAGUAUUUGUCACCUUUUGUUGUUGCCACUCUAUAUAUCCUAUGUGAUUUGCAUUCUUUUUAAUCUUAUUUUACCAUUAAUAUAAGUGAAAAUUGGAAUUAAAUUCUGUAUUAUGACUCCCAAAAAUGUCAGGUUGUGUGAACCAAGAUGAUGUGUAAUUAAGAGCUGAUACAGAAAUGAGUUACUGUGAAUGCACUAUGUUUGUAACUUGGGAAGUUACUGUACUUUAAUUUAUUCGUUCCCUUGUGUUUAUUUCAGUCCAUUUGGACUGUAUUUACGUUGAUCAAGAUAUUACAAUUAUCCUUCUCCUUAAUAAGGUCUGGAAUAUUUAGUUUAACUCAUAUAAAAAUAAUUGAUUAAAUUUAUGAGGAAUUAGAGGUAUUUUUGUAAUCAGACCUCAUAUGAAUAUAUAAAAUUCUAUAUGAGAAUAUAUGUUUUGUCUAAGAGACCUUCUAUAGCGUACUCUGAAUGGUGUUUUGGGUGAUAAAAUUAGUCAUUUCAAUUUUAUAUAUAAACUAUUAUAUUUUUCAUUAUGUGUUAUGUAGUUAUAUUUUACCUUAUUGAAAUGAUUGCCUAAAAGUUACCGCUAAUUAAUAUAAGCUUUUCAUCUUCCAACUUUCCAUUCUCCUUACUUAGUAUUAUAAUCAGUAUGUAAUUGUAAUGUUGAAGUGUGAUAGAUCUUAAAGUUCCAUGGCCUAUCCUAUUGAAUGAGGACCAUAUUAAUGUAAUUUUACCAACAUAUGCAACAUUAUUUCAAGAGUUAAAAUAUUACAUUAACCAAGCGUACUCCGCCAAACUAUAUUUAAGCCUUGGGCCUUUAGCACACAGGACGUAGUUUUCCUACUGCUGAUGUUAUAGAACAAUCCAUAAAAUAUUAUAGUUAUUUUUAAUUAUAUCCACAAUUAAGAAUCUAUGCAGUACAACUAACUUGUAUUGAUUUGCUUAUUUUAUAAUUUUAUAUCGGUUGAAAUAGGGGUUGGUACCCUUUGUGUGAUUGGGGGAUCAUGGUGUGGCCAGUAGGGUGUGGAACGCAGCAUAGAAUGAAAACUUUAUUGGAUUCCUCUGAAUGAACGUUAAAAACAUCAGGAAUUGUGCAUUGAGGGUUCAAAAUCAAGCGUAACGGAUAACAAGUUCACAGGUCAUGUAAUGCUAAUUUUUAGAUAUCUUCACCAGAGUUUGUUCCACAGAUUCUUUUGGAAAGUCUCGUCUUACAUGUUUUAUACCCAUUCCCCCUGCUAUCCUGAAAUAAUUUAAGUUUCAGUAACAAAUUCUUUUAGAAGAUUUGAGGAUUUUAUGGCAGUGAUUGUUCAUUUGUGGUUUUCUGGGUUGUGACACUUCAUAAUUGUGUAGCUAUGUCACCAGCAUUGUGGAGGAACACAUUGUCGUCAAGGUAAAUGUGGAAGCAGCGUGUUUCUCCAAUAUUGGCAUUUAUGUUCCAGACUAAAUGUGGUCAAAAUCUAGGUAACUACAGCCAGAACCAGUCUUUUGUUUGUAUCAUAAUAUAUUGAGACUUGUGUGAGAAACUUCUUGUAAAGAAAAUUCAGUUCAUUCUGACAUUUCAGCUGCAGCUACCAUCUUGAUGCAAACUUACUGUUUUGGUGAAUGGUCAUUGCUAAAAUCUAGAUGGAAAAGACAUGUUGAAGGAUGAUUCCAGAGAAUAACAGUUUUAAUUUAGGAACCUGUUCCUGGUGUUGUAAUGCUUAGUGAGGAGUGUCAUGUUGCUUCACAUGAAGACGGGUUUGUUGCUAGUGUAUAGGUUUCAGUUUGGAGUCUAGUUUGUUCGUAUCUUGGGUGCUGCUGUUUAAGCUGCUCUGUACUUUGGAUCUGAUACAGACAGACCUCAUGUUCCCUUUAUUGUGCCAUAGCAAACAAGUUACCAUAAUUUUAUGUUUGUUUUCAAACUUUCAUAGUCUCUGUAUGCAAUGAAGUCUGCUUGGUGAUCAGUAGUUAUGUGAAUAUGGAAUAAAUUUGGAGUGAAGUAUCAAAGGACCAUCUUCUGGAUGCAUACUGCGAAAUGUACAAAAACCUUUUAAGACCUACAUUUAGAAAAUGCCUAACUUUCAUUUGUCAUGAGAGAUUACAGAUGUCACUUUUUCAGCUUUGUAUGAUCUUUCUGUUAAAAAUGUUUGGUGUCAGCUUGGAAUGUUGGUAAUAUUAUGAUAGUAGCAGCUUGCCUGAGCCAGGAGCAGCAUCUCAAACACUGGUAGAAAAUUGAUGUGGCUGCUAUAUUUUGUUUUAGAAUGUUGACAGGAAGAGAAGUAGGAAAGAGAAACAUUUAGGCCUGCAGUUAUUUUCCUUUGUAUUAACAGUUUAUAAGAUUUGUGAUCAUUAUGUUGAAAGUUGAGAAUGCGCAGUCAAGAAUGUAAGAAUGUUAAUUAAAUAUCACUUUCCUGUAUUACUAUGUAAAUAAAAUUCUUAACAA